CGCGCUCCAUUUCUGCGUUCUUCCUACGCUAUUCCCCAUCUUUGCAAUUGAUGCGAAAACUCUCUUUCUCUCUCAAUUUGUUCCAGUCUUUGAUUUUUGAUUCUGUCUAUAAUUGUUAUUUUCUUAUUUGUAGUUAUUUUCAGGUUUUUUUUUUUUUAAUAUAAUUCAAAACAGUGAUGGAUUCGCCAUCCUCACGUGCUGGUUCCUGUACUCCUCCGCCGCGAUCGUCGCCGAGUGUGGUGGCUGGUACCGCCCCGUCACCUGCUGCUGAUUUCUGUACUCUUCCGCCGCGAUCGUCGCCGAGUGUGGUGGCUGGUACCACCCCGAGUCCCUCGCCGCCGCUGCGACCAAACAAGAAGCGCGCGUUUUAUAUGGCCACGCUUCUUCUCCACGUCCCGUCACCUGUUGGUUUAUUUACUCCACGGCGGCGAUCGUUGCCGAGUGUGGUGGUUGGUACCGCCCCGAGUCCCUCGCUGCCGCUGCCACCAAACAAGAAGCGCGUGAAUUUUCUUCUCCAAUCGAUUGAGGAGAUUACGGAGAUUUAUAUGAAAGAGAAACGAAAGAGGCAGCGCAAUCCGAUUUCUUCUUCUUCUGGCGUAUCUGUGGCAACCACACACACACCUUCGCAGUUCUCUGGUCACGGGGAACCCAUACUUCCGAAUAAGCCCGAUGAAGGUAGCGUCAAGAGGAGGAACGAGAAGAAACGCAUAUGGGAAGAGCUGGAACAACUUGAAAGGAUGGAGAAGGCAUCUACAUCGUGCAAAGAAAUGUUCAGUAAUGUGGAAACAAGACCUGAUCCGUUACUACCAUUAACAAUUGGUCCCUUAAAUCCUUUGUGGGAUCGAUGGUUUGAAGGGCCCCCCCUCCCCCAAGAUUCCAAAGGCUGGAGAUGUUGAUGAUCAAUGCUAAUUAUAUUCCUUUAGUUCUCGAAACAUUUAUCAGCUGCCCAGAUAAAAAAAUCUUAGGCACAUGAUUCUUGUCAAUACCCUAAUUAUGUAUUAAUGUGCAUUUUGCAUUUAUACAAC